AUGUUUCGGAGAUCGAGGAAUCAGAACAAGAAAGUUGAUCACUCCAAGUACAGGAGGGUGCGAAAACUCCUGGAGCGAUACGGGAAGAAACUUUUCUCCAGAGGAUCCCACCUGACGCAGGACGGACUGAGAGAGCUGCUGAGACAUUUGGACCACGAGACACCAUCAGAACUUCACCUGAAGUGGGUCUGGGAUAUAGCGGAUGUAAACAAAGAUGGAAAAAUCAGUGAAGGAGAGCUUUUCAAUGCUCUCAUCGAAUAUGAGAAGUAUCAGAGAACAAAAGUCGGUAUCUUGGAUCUGUUUCAAAAGUUCGACGACAACAACGAUGGAACCUUGCAGGCGAGCGAGCUGAAGAACAUCAUGCAGGAGUGCCUGAGGCAGAACCAUGUACAGGAGGACGUUACCAUGGACGAAGUGGAGAACGUGAUGAAGAAGUAUGAGAUCGCAAAGUCGUCGCUGCUGAGUUUCGAUGAACAAGCGCUUUCGCUGUACGUUGGGGAGUGGACCCUGGAGAGGGUGGAAGCGUACCGCCAGAAACUGAUGAGCAGGAGCAGCACGAUCAACUACAGGAAAGUCGGCGAGCAGUUCGUGGUGAACGCGCCGAAGAACGUGUCCAAGGCUGCAGACGAAGUUCGCAUCAGCAUAACCAAGGCAGCUGAGGAGCUGGGGCAGAACGUGCACAGGACCAGCGUCGAGAUUCACGAAUCGAUCAGCUCCUUCUUGACCAAAUUGUUCGAGGAGAAAGCUGAUCCCUCCUCCGAUGAUGAUGAUGAAGAUGAAGCGAUGGAUGCUCAUGUCGUCGAUGACGAAGACGAGCAUGAUGAGAUGUCUCCUCUUGUGUUUGUGUUGUUCUCUUGUGCGCUGGCUCUUAUGAUCCCUCAAGUCUACUUCACCACAACCACUACCACCACCACCACCACCACCACCAACAACAACAACAACAACAACAACAACAACUGCUGCUACAACAACAACAACAACAACAACAACAACAACAACAACAACAACAACAACAACUACAGCAGCAACAACAUCAUCAUCAUUGAUACACUCAUAAUCUUCCUGAUCUACUUCUGUAUCACCGUCGUCGUCAUCAUCAUGCUCUAG